GGGCCUCCUAACAGCCCCCAGGAGGAUUCCAGCAAGCCUCGAGGUUCCCCUGGCUUCUUACUGACUUCAGCUGGCGAGCACAGAAGGGCACGAUGUUGCUGCUGCUGCCACUUGGGUUUGUCCUUUCGAAGCACUUUUUAACUCAAAAAACCUGCCUCCCAGGGACUCCUUGAAGCUCUUUCCGGGCGCAGGCGUCUGGCACGCACGCUCUCUCUCUCUCUCUCUCUCUCUCGGUUCUGCAAGAGGAAGGAGUGGGUCUGUGAGUGUUUGUAUGUUUUUCUAGUCCCUUCACACGUAUGAAAAGUGUGUAUAUGUGAGAGUGUGGGGAGUGUGUGGGGGCGUCAAAGAGCGGAAGAGAAGCUUCCGUGGCCCCGGCUUCAGUGUCCCUCGGUGGGCAGCCUCUGUAGCCAGGCUGGUCUCUCCUGGUGCACGCGUCUGAGAUGACGUCCCUCUGGAAUAUCCUUUUGGCGACAACCCUGUUCUUACUCCUGCCCCUUCACACGUCGGCCUCUCCAGCCUCUGAGGACCAGCCCAGCGCCAGACACUCCAGUGGCCACACCUGUGUGGCGUGUGUGGUGGUGGUAUCCGUGAUUGAACAGCUUGCUCAAGUUCACAACUCUACGGUGGAGGCCUCAAUGGAGAGACUCUGCAGCUACCUGCCUGAAAAGCUGUUCUUGAAGACCACCUGCUAUCUAGUGAUAAGAAUGUUUGGACCGGACCUCGUAAAACUGCUUAGCACAGAUAUGAAUGCUGAUGUGUUGUGUCAUACCCUGGAGUUUUGUAAGCAGGACCCUGGCCAACCAUUGUGUCAUCUCUACCCGCUUCCCAAGGAGCCGUGGAAAUUUACACUAGAGAAGGCGAGACAGAUUGUGAAGAAAUCCCCAACUCUGAAACAUUCCAGAAGUAGUUCUGAUGUUUGUUCCCUCCCAUUUUUGGCCAAGAUCUGUCAGAGGAUUAAAUCAGCUAUAGAAAAUUCUGUGCCAUUCAAAGAUGGAGAUUCAGACAAAUACAGCAUUUUCCCAACGCUGAGGGGCUACACCUGGCGAGGGAGAGACUGCAAUGACAGCAACAAGAUGGCAUACCCGGGCAGAAGGCCAGACAACUGGGAUAUACACGAGGAUUCAAACUGUAAUGGCAUUUGGGGUGUUGAUCCAAAAGAUGGAAUUCCGUAUGAGAAGAAGUUCUGUGAAGGUUCACAGCCCAGGGGAAUCAUUUUGCUGGGAGACUCAGCUGGGGCUCAUUUUCACAUCUCUCCCGAAUGGAUCACAGCUUCACAGAUGUCUUUGAAAUCCUUCAUCAAUUUACCAAUAGCUCUUACCAAUGAGCUCGACUGGCCCCAAUUCUCUGGUGCUACUGGGUUUCUGGACUCCAUUAGCGGAAUUAAAGAAAACUCUAUUUACCUUCGAUUAUGGAAAAGAAACCACUGCAAUCACAGAGACUACCAGAAUAUUUCAAGAAAUGGUGCAUCUUCCCAAAACCUGGAGAGAUUUCUAGAAACUUUGUCUAGGAACCAACUGUUGGACCAUCCAGCCAUCGUCAUAUACGCCAUGAUUGGAAAUGAUGUCUGCAAAGGGAAAGUUGACCCAGUCGCAGCAAUGACCACUCCCGAGAAAUUAUACUCCAGUAUCAUGCGGACUCUGAAGUAUCUAAAUUCCCACCUGCCAAAUGGCAGUCAUGUUAUUUUAUACGGCUUACCAGAUGGAACAUUUCUCUGGGAUAAUUUGCACAACAGAUAUUAUCCUCUCGGCCAGCUAAAUAAGGAUGUGACCUAUGCACAUUUCUACUCCUUCCUGAACUGUCUCCAGGUCAGCCCCUGCCACAGUUGGAUGUCCUCCAACAAGACGCUCCGGACUCUCACUUCAGAGAGAGCGAAACAACUCUCCAAUACACUGAAAAAAAUUGCAACCAGCCAGAAAUUUACGAACUUCGAUCUUUUCUACAUGGAUUUUGACUUCCGAGAUCUCGUGGACGAGUGGCGGAAGAGAGGCGGGCAGCCCUGGCAGCUCAUUGAACCAGUCGAUGGAUUCCACCCCAAUGAGGUCGCUUCACUGCUUUUGGCAGAUGACUUCUGGAAGAAGGUGCAACUCCAGCGGCCCCAGGUUCUGGGAAAGGAGAAUCCAUUUAACUCUCAGAUUGAACAGGUGUUUGGAGACCAAGGGGGCCACUGAGUGCCUCCAGGAUACGCACUCCUGGAAAGCUCAGGGAGGCAAGAACUUGGGUAAAUUCAUUCAACAGAUGGUUAUGGGGCUGCCAUUUUGCAGGCCCAUAGGACCCUCUUUAGCAGCAAUUUUGCAAAGUGCAUUUCUCUCAUUCUGGAGUCUAUCUGAAUGACAGCGUGAUUCUGAGUGUUUCAGGGAGCAGUUCCCUCCAUUUGUCCCUAAAAUCACCUUUAAUAAAGUGUUGUGGAUGCCAUUCCAGGCAGAGAGAGUAUCUGUGCCCUUUAAUAGCUAAUUGUUCUAAAAACAAACUCAAAGUCCAUCGAUGCUCGGCAACUUAGCCAGGGUCUUGGUGCGCCAGGACUGAUCCUCAGUCUGUUGCUGCUUCUCUAAGACGGCCAGCAAGCUGGGGCUGCCCCUGGGAAGGCUGUCGGCUGGCUGCCAAGGAUUCCCACGAGAGAACACAAAACUAGGAACACAAAAUUAGGUACAAACUUGAAUGUUUAUUUAGAACGAGAAAAGAAAUCACAACAAAUGACAAAUUUUUAAAAGUUGACAAAUAGCAUAAGCCCCACAAAACCCCAAUGACUAAAAAAAACAUGACAAUUUGUCUUUCUUUAAAAGGUUUUCUUACGUUCUUUGGCUGCAUAAUCUCAUCAUCUUUUCCUGUAACAAUGAUUUGGUGAUAUCAUGGUCUACAGAAAGGACAGAAAAGUAAAAUGUGUUGCUUUUUAUUGAUAAUUUAGAAGAGUUUCUUUCAGCUGCAUAACUCGUUGGUAAAGUCAUGUGAAUUUUUAGAAUUAUUGUCAAACUGGGAGCACCUCUAUCAAAUCUCUUUUGAGUGAGAGUUACUAGAAAUGCACUCCCUAUUUGGAGUAUUGUUAAUGUUUUGUGUGCCUGUAAGCCCAGGAGUUCUGGUAAAUUCUAUUGCACACCAUUCUCGUUGGUGUGUCACCUCCCUUGCCCCUCUCUGAGGCAGCCUCGGAUUUUUGGGGUCAGUGGGUGUACGCCCAGACCCACAUCGCACUGCCAGCACCCCACCUUACAUGGGCACGUCUUCCUACAGUCUGCCCUCAGGAGCUUGCUUGACACAGCCCAGAGGUAUGGAGCAGUUCCACCCCAGGGGUCCCAGGAGCCAUUGAAUAAAUGCACCAGCCUCUUCCUUUCAUGGUCAGUUUUGGGGAGGCAUUCAGUGUGCUUCUCAGGGGCAGAAUCAGCCCCUUUGUUCAUGGCAACAAUACCUUCCAUGGUGCUUCCUUCUACUCUGUGUCACUCUCCUUGCCCUCUCAUUCCUGCUCUCUGGGAUGCUUCCCAAAUAAACCACCUGCACCUAAGUCUUUGUCUCA